CAAAACAAAAUAAAAAUCGCUCCGGCGUUUUGAUUUUGAUUGUUUCGGGCGUCUCAAACUGCAUUCUCUCAUGAUUGGUCGACUAGCGUUUGGUGGACAUCGUUAUCGAAAAGUGCAACUGUGUUGUGCACCGCUGAUAAACAAAAUAAACAAUAGCAAAACUAAAAUGCAAACUGUGCUUCGUUUCUUGCAGCCCCUCUGGAGUUUAAUCGAAGCUAACAGUGAAAGCAGGAUGUUCUCAUCGAGUUCGGGAAAAGCAAGAACCUAUCCAACUACUUUGGAAGGAUUCGGCUAUGGCUUCAAUACAGAUGGCAAGCUCAGACAAAUCGAUAAGGAAACAGGAAAAUUGACCGAUAAAGGGUUCGAUUUCAAUAUUUACACUUCUGCACAGGAGAAUCAAGCUCACUAUGAAGCCCUGGGUGAGACAAUCACGGAUGCUGUGUAUCAGAAGCUGGAGAAAGAUGUAGGAUUGAAGAAACUGUUUCUUCCCAAUGAUGUUCCACACGAAGAAGCGACAUUCAUUUUCAGUACGACAGAGAAUCUCGUAAAACCUAAAAAGUUGUUGGUAUUGAUCCAUGGAAGUGGAGUUGUUCGAGCAGGGCAAUGGGCUAGGAGCCUUAUCAUCAACCAUAGCCUGGAAUCUGGGACACAAAUUCCAUACGUCGACAAAGGUCGCGAGCUGGGUUACGAAGUGCUGCUGACCAACACCAAUGAUAAUUAUCGGAAGGCAUCCGAUGGUGCUAGCAAGGGAAUCAAAGGUAGCAGAAAUCCCACGGAACAUGCCGUGUCAGUAUUCGAGAAGUACAUCAUACCUAGCGAGCCAGAAGCUGUUGCCAUCGUAGCGCAUAGUUAUGGUGGCGUUGUUACAGUCGAAUUAGCACAAAAAUUUCCACAGUUUUUCAAGGAAAAAGUGUUCGCUGUUGGAUUCACUGAUAGCGUUCACUCGUCCUCGUUAGUUCCCGAAGUGUUAAUUACGAUUGGCCGCAACUGGGUAACCUCGAAGGAGCCACUCGACACAACGCUAACCAUUUCUAAGCGCGACCUACCGCGAUACUCAGCAGGUCACAUCAAGCACGAGAUGACAUCUUACACCUGCAUGGAUGCGUUAUUCAAAUUCUUCGAGCAACGUUACGAACAGUUUAAGGGUGCCUCCGAUUCUUCCGGACCAGAUACAAAGAAGGCAAAAAAUGAACUUUAACUGUGCCAGCCGCUGCACCUGAAGAUCUUUUGUAUUCCCGGAACGGAACAGGGGGGGAAGAAAUCAUGAUGUUGUAAACUUUUCGUGUCUGCCGCAAAUAAAAUUAAGUCCAAGAAAGUA